AGAAAGAAGAGAAGAAAGAGAAGGAGAAAAAGAAGAAAGCAGAAAAGAAGAAAAAGAAGAAGGCAAGGAAGAGACCCCUAAGCAUGGAGGGCUACACUAAAUCAGAAGAAGGAGGAAACAUCCAAAAAAGACCUUGCCUUGAAGAGAAAAGGCCCCUUCAACUGAUGGUCACGAGCUACAGUACCCAUGCCGUGCUGGGUCAGGGCAGUUUUGGCAAGGUAAUGUUGGUAACUUGUUCCAACAAGAGCCAACCUGUAGCCAUGAAGGUGAUAAGCAAAGCCGAGGAUCAAAGAUCGAUUGCCAAGGAGGUGCGAAUACUGAGGAUGGCUUCUGGAUGCCCAUUCCUCUGUCACGCGCAUGCAGCUUUCCAAACAAAGCUGGCUGCAUGCAUUGUGAUGGAGUACGCCAGUGGAAACAGCUUGAAGAAAUUCAUUAAGCGCACAGGGAAACUGAAGAUGGACGCUAUAACAUUCUACACAGCAGAGAUCAUAUGCGGCCUGCAGUUCCUCCACGCCAAUGGGAUUGUCCAUCGGGACAUCAAACUGGGUAACAUCCUGUUGACCGGUGAGGGACACAUAAAGAUCGCCGACUUUGGUUUGGCUGUAGAGGGAAUGUUUGGCCAGAAGAAAGUUGGAGGCAAGGCUGGAACAGUGAAAUACAUGGCCCCAGAGGUGAGUUGCUUUGAAUAA